AUGCCAGAAACAAUAUCUGUCACCAAUCCCAAUAAUCCGCAAAUUAAAGUGACAAUGUCACAGGAUGUUUCAACACAUUCUUUGGAAUAUCCAAUUGGUUCAACUCAAACUGUUAAAUGGGAUAGUUCUAAUCUUUCUGAGGAUCCUGAAAUCUCAAUUCAAGUAUAUAAACUUUUUCCAACCAUUCCGGAACCAACCUAUCUCGAUGUUUGGCCAUCUCCAAUGACUUCAAAGCUAUCCCAGAAACCAACUACGUUUCUUAUUGAUCCAAAUCUCUUUUCACCUGGUGAGUGGUAUGUCGUGCGAGUCUCGUUGGUCGCUGAUGAUAAGGUUUCCGGAAUUUCGGAUCCAUUUAGUGUCAAGUAA